AUGUGGUCAGAGGAUCACCUUAAAGAAUGUGAAGAAAUAGAUGAGAUGAAGGGUAUAUGGAAUUCAAUCAAAGGUUUAGCAAAAGAGAUCAAUAGGUUUCACAUCCCUCAAACAACAUCGAUCUUUUUUUAUGAUAGGAUGAUAACAGAGAUGAUAGGUUACAUUGAUCAAAUAGAGAGUAAAGAAGGAAAAUACUAUCCUAGCUACAGUUACGACAUCAUCAAAAAGAUUAAUCUAGAGACUGAAACGACUCUAUUCUCUAUUCUAUUUAGUUAUAUAGAUAGAGACAAGAUUAGUGUUGUUAGAGAUAUGAUCAUUCAACGACUCAUUGCAAGAAAUAGUAGAUCGACAGAUAAAUUAAUAGAACAAGCUUAUGAAAUGCACUUUAUCGUUAGAAGACAACAACAACAACUUAAAAAAUAUUAUGCACAGUCAUCAAAUGAUAAAGACUAUGGUAAACUAAAUAUGCCAAUAGUACCUCUAAUCAAUGUUUAUAAAAAGGAUGGAUAUGUAUCCGAUGAUAUUACAUUUAUCAAUCAUAAUCAUGCAAGAUAUAUUUGUCCGACUAGAGAGUUGUUUAAAAUGUCGAUUGACAAACAUUUGAUAUCGAUAAAGUGUGAUGGACUACUCGACAAUAUAAAGUGGAGUGAUAAUAAUGGUACAGAGGUUUGGUUGGCUGGUGGUUGUCCAUUCUCAGCAUUAGAUAGAAAGUGGAUUGGUUGGUUGUCAAGAUACAAACACUUUUGCGAGGUGAGACGACUGGUCAGCAAGUUUUCACUUCCAAUGAUGAUCAACAACACUAUCAAUCGUCUAUUACGACCUUUUAUCGACCCUUUAUCAGGUAUUGAUAUGCUUCCAACUCGUUCUGAAGGGAGUAUGCCAGACUAUACAAGAGACAAAAGAGUAGAAGUACACACAGUCCGAGACUAUGACUUUUUCAUCAUCUGCAAAAAUGUUAGCGAUGGACAAAGAAAAGUAGUCGAGUUGACCAAACAGAUACACGAUUAUUUGGUAAAACUAGGACACACAGAUAUUACAAUCAAACGUACAUGUAAUACAUUUACAAUUGGUCCAUUUACAAUCAUCCUCCCACUAUUCCAUUCACUCGAAGAAUUAUUAGUUGGAUUUGACUUGGAUUGUUGUUGUGUUGCUUAUAAUGGCCAAGAUGUGUAUGUUCAUCCAAGAGCAUUACAAUCUUAUGCAACACGUACAAACUGUGUUCCUCAUCUGCCCACCACAAUACGAUCGAGUGUGCCACAUGAACGUAUUGCCAAGUACAAAACAAGAGGUAUCAAACCACAAUAUAUCUACAUUCAUUGUAAACAUAUAUUUUGCAGGUCUAUAAAACGUAUGCCAUCAUCUCAUCCAACCCGAGAAGAACCAAUGCCCCUAUGCUACAGUGACUCGAAUCUCUGUCAACAAAUGGAAAAUAUAUCUAUUUCACAACUCGAGCACAAACUUGGUAAUGGGACAAACGUAGAUAUUGGUUCGAUAGAGUCACUUUGGAACUACUGUGUAUGGGCAAGCCUGCAAACGGUUAGCUUGCUUUGCAUGACAUCACAUCACCACAAACAUUGUAGUGAGUGUGCUCAACCACUUGGAAAGUCUGCCCAACUUGGUAGAUGCCGUUAUUGCAAGACAGCUCCGGCUACUCUUAAAAAGAUCCCAUUGACCGAACCCAAAACAAUAGUCUUGUGUGGACGAAACUUUGACCAGUUUCUCAACCGAUUCGAGUUUCAAGGUAUGGUUGUUUUCGUAACACUGUAUCCCUACACACUGUACCGUCAGUUAUACCAGAUGUUUGAAGCUCAACAAAUCAGUAUGACCAGUUGUGCAAUCAUUGCAAUGGAUGAUUUCAACAAUUCACAGUUUCAACAUUUGGCAUCUUAUUUGACCAUUGACCCAAUCCCAGCUGUACCCGGCAACAAAGAAGGCGAUAGUGAUGGUGAACAUCAACCGCUCUUUCUUGGUCAGAUAAUCAACCUUUUGUUUGAAGAAAAUAGAUUCAAAGAUUAUUACCUAGACAAUUCUGGAAACACAAAAUAUCUUGAAUCGUACACACAACUCGAGAUAUAUAACAUGGAUAUUGAAGAAGAGAUUAAAACCAAUUCAUAUUCAUACACUGAAGAAUAUAUAUCUCAGUUUAUAACACUUGAAGAAGAAGAAGAAGAAAGACAACCAAACAAAAAGAAACAAAAGUUUUUACCUAAUUUGGAUUUGUGUACUGUAAUCAAACAAGACUUUCAAGCAUACUCAUCGUUUAUCAAGUUACUCCAAUCACUCCAAUUUAACGAAGACUAUAGUUUCUAUCAAUACUCUUUUAUUGAUGGACUAAAGCAAUCAAAUCAUCCAGACCUAUCUAAUCUUUUCAAUGAUGAUGAUCCAAAUGGAGAUGGUAUACCUCAAAGUUCUCAUACUCUUUGUAAAUUAAAAAACUUUUAA